GGAGGCCCGAUAGAAGGCCACUGGGUGUCGCUCUGGAGCAAGAAAUGGCGCUGCGUCUCCCCCUCCCCUAAACAUCUCCUCUGAGUGUAUGCAUGUGUGUGAAUGUGUAGCGCCGAGAAAGUAAGUCUGUGUUUCCAGCUGACUGCUCGCUCGCUCUCUCUCACUGUGUGUGUGUAUGUGUGUGUGUGUUGUCAUUAUUAUUAUCCAGUCUGCUCCCAGCUCAGAAUGGCCAGAUUCACUCAGACUGAGACAAGAAGGGAGCAGCACCCACAGCCGCCCCAUCCCGCUUACUCCAGCCUGUUUCUCACUGGACCCGGGGCAGCACCGACCCAACAUCCACUCCUCCUAAUCCCGCACCAGCACCAGUACGCUCAGAUCCCAUUUCCUAAACCCAUGAACGGGUCAGAAUCCAUCUCCAUUCAUCCGGAGAACGGCACCAUGAAAGACCAAGAUGCCAUAAAACUGUUUAUCGGGCAAAUACCGCGGAACCUCGAGGAAAAAGACCUGAAACCAUUAUUCGAACAGUUUGGGAAAAUCCACGAAUUGACAGUAUUAAAGGACCGAUACACCGGCAUGCACAAAGGCUGCGCGUUCCUCACCUACUGCGCCCGCGAGUCGGCCAUCAAAGCCCAGAACGCCCUCCACGAACAGAAGACACUGCCGGGGAUGACUCGUCCCAUCCAGGUGAAGCCAGCUGACAGCGAGAGCCGUGGAGAAGACAGGAAGCUGUUCGUCGGGAUGCUGAACAAACAGCAGACUGAGGAGGACGUGUACCGUCUUUUCGAGCCCUAUGGAGUCAUCGAGGAGUGUACGGUGCUAAGAGGUCCGGAUGGAAAUAGUAAAGGCUGUGCCUUUGUAAAGUUCUCCACACACGCUGAAGCACAGUCUGCAAUCAGCGCCCUGCAUGGCAGUCAAACCAUGCCAACUGGCUCCGAUUCUCUCCUCCCUCAGGGUGCGUCGUCCAGUCUGGUGGUCAAGUUUGCCGACACGGACAAGGAGCGCACCGUCCGCCGCAUGCAGCAGAUGGUGGGCCAGUUUGGCAUCUUCAACCCUGCCAUUGCCCUGCCCUUUAGCACCUACAGCACCUACGCGCACGCGCUGAUGCAGCAGCAAGCGGCCCUCAUGGCUGCUAGUCACGGUGGCUACCUGGCACCCAGCGUGGCCUUUCCCACCACCCAGAUCCACCAGAUGGGGGCGCUCAAUAUCAACAGCCUGCCACCCACCCCCAUGACCCCGGUGUCGGGUGAGUUUCAUCAGACACUGGGCCUCAGCUCACCGCCUGCCAACAUCACCACAUCAGCCGUCCCCAGCAUUGUCACUCCUAUUGUCAACGGCUUUACCAGCAUCCCUCACCAGCCCAACGGACACCCUGCGGUCGAGGCCAUGUACACCAACGGACUGCCCACUUAUUCUACCCAAAGCCCCACGGCUGCAGACACCCUACAACAGGCCUUCACCGGGGUGCAGCAAUAUACAGCCAUCUACCCAGCGACCACACUGACCCCUAUCGGCCAAAGCCUGCCACAGCCACCACAAGUCAUUCAACAGCAGCAGCAGAGAGAAGGUGAGGGUCCAGAGGGCUGCAACCUCUUCAUCUACCAUCUACCGCAGGAAUUUGGUGACAACGAGCUCAUGCAGAUGUUCCUUCCGUUUGGUACAGUCAUCUCCUCUAAGGUCUUCAUGGACAGAGCCACCAACCAGAGCAAAUGUUUUGGCUUCGUGAGCUUCGACAACCCAGCAAGUGCACAGGCUGCUAUCCAGGCCAUGAACGGCUUUCAGAUCGGCAUGAAGAGGUUGAAAGUGCAGUUAAAACGGCCGAAGGAUGCGAGCCGCCCGUACUGACAGGGCCCAACCCACACACGGCUCUCAGCAACAGCACAGGAUUUGAAGAGUGAAAUCUCAAAAGGAAUUUAACUUUUUCUUUCAAAACAAACAAGAACAACAUGAAGGGAUUUUUUUGAAGACAUAUCGGCGUUUAUUUUCGGAAGAUGUUCGGUACAGAGGAGGGGUUGCAGGUGAACCGGCACCCGUGGACAAACCACACUCGGCACAGUGCACGAAAGACAAGUGGAAGAUCUAUCUAAAGACAGAGAACUCGACAUGUCCUGUCUCUCUCUGGGCAAAGCACCAUCAGUCAAGCAACAAACAAAAAAAAAAAAGAAAAAAACGAGUGAGAACAACUUCAAUUUCUAUAUACAUAUUAUACACACAUAUGCUAUUUAAAGGAAGAGGCGCUUAUGGCUUUUAUUACACUGGACAAAUGAGGGUUAAACUUGAACACCGAGGAAAAAUGCAGUGGAAAAAAAGAAGCUCUUGUCCCGCUAGUGGACUUUAUUUCUCUUUUCCUCUUACCUUUUCUUCUGUCGUCGUCUUUCAGCAAACGCAGGACUUUCCAAGCCCUCAGUGAAACUGAUAAAUCUUUCACCCCAAAGGGACCAAAGGACCAAACAUUUUUAUUCCUCAACAGAAAUAUAUGGUAUUAAUAACAAUACUAAUACUACAAACUACUACUAACAACAUAAGUUUAAAGAAAAGAAAAAAAGCAUAAAUAUUCGCUUCAGGUCGGAAGAGGAAAGGGAUUUUGAUUUCUUUUCCUUUUACAUUUAUAGCUACUGGGUUUCAGAAUAUUUAAACAAAAUAGAAAAAAAAGAAGAAGAAAAAACAGUAUUUUAAAAGCUAUACUAUUUUAGUGGGGUAGAAUAUGUGGAUUGGAGAUUGUUAGGAGCAUGUUCAGCCAUUUUUUAUCCAUGAAGAAAAAAAAAAACAAGGGGGGAAACUGUCCAUCAUCCAUUGUUUUUUUUUUUUUUUUUUGCUCUGAGGUUCCUUGGAUGUCAAAAAUAGGCCCACAUUCCAGAGAACAAAUGCUGAGUAUAACUAUAUAUGCAUGUGCUAAGGGAUGCUGGUUUAGUGAAGCCUUGGGCAGUUAUUCAGUACACAUAAACAACCAUAUUUAUCCGAUGAAAGCUUUACUUAUCAAGCAGAAUAAGUACCUGUGGCUUCAACGCAAACUAUCCGCAAUAUAACAGCUAUACCAAUUCACAGGUAAAUAAUACAGAAAACACAGUUAACGCUUGACAGGGAUUUAUUUAUUUAUUUAUUUAUUUAUUUAUUUUUGCACUUUUUCAACUGAAGCGGUUCUAGUUUGAUUCAUCAGGUCUACGAUCGUGCUUCGCGAAGUAAUGCUCAACUUUACCAUUAACCAUUUUCAUAUAAUCCAUUUUAUGCAUCUUUUAAGAACAUACUCAUCUAACAGUUGUGCCAAAUGCUGAAUAUCAUCUGACAAAGCACAUUGGUAAGUAAGCCAAGCAGUUACAAAGAUACCAAGCCUUAAUAAACCCUUAUACAAGCCACAAAAUGAGGUUCGUUACAGACCUUCUGAAGGGACAAACUUGUUAUUGCUUACAACUUCUGAAGCACAUCAGAAUUUUACAGGGACCUAGCAUCAAAUAAAAGAAUCAAAUUUAGCUUCGGAAACCUGCACAAUCAGUUCCACAUUAACGUUCAUUUCGCUAAUAAAUGAGUUUAAGAUAUAGAAAACGCCGGGGGACGAAUCGUGGGAUCUGCAGAUAACCCAUAUUUCUAAGAAUACGCUUCUCAGGCUGGUAUGGAUUAGCUUGACGCUAACUGUUUGCAAGGGUCUAAUGAGCAGCCUGUAAAGAGCUCGUGAACAGCUUGCAAAUAGCUGCAAUGGGGGUUACGGUUACAGCAAACUGAUCCAUCAAUAAAAAAAGCCAGAAAGAGUCUGACAUUAUGGUGUACGUAACCACAGCUGUUGCUUUGCUCUCAGAAAAGUCGCAAAUAUACACCACUCUAAAGCGCUUGACAAUAAUCUUAAAGACCCCAUGAAAUCAAAUCAAAAUUUGAGUUUUGUGGUGCUUCGUUUGUGUGUUAGCUCUGAGGCUAAUGCUAGCUGUCAAAACAACACCACAAUCUGAAAUGUACAGUCUUUUGGUAAAAUCGACCUAAAUAAUAAUGACUACAAAUUUUUGUCCAAUCAAAAGCUCUGGAAUGAAGUAAGAGCUGGUGGAUGUUUGUUAGCUUUGAUGUCAGUUCUAGUGUACACGAGUGUACUAGUUUUUAGAGCAGUACGUUUUUCGUUA